UUUCAACUUGCAUCAUUUCAUGUCAAGAGGGGAGAAAAGUAUUUUUGCAGAAUAUGUGAAUGCAUGGCAAAGGGAAUAACAUUGAAAAAUGACAUUCAGAUACAAACCAGUUUCAGACGCUGCUUUGAAUUUUGCGAGUUAGACAUUAUUGCAUACAUCCAUUGAGUCUAUGUUCAAAAAAGACCAAGACCAUGGUAUCAGGGAAGGGGCAGCCAUCUGUGGAUCCAGUGGUCCCCCAUCUUGUAAAACCAGCAGUCCACCGCCCUAACAUCAUAGGAAUGCACAUGCUGGAUCUGUACAAAUAUUAUCCGACAAUGACACUUGCAAACUGUGCAAUGAGGGUGGUCUACUACCCAUUUCAAAAGGUCACAAUUCUCCAACAGCAGCAGAAUGAAAAAGAGAAAAUAUACAAAAAUGUAACAGAUACCUUUGUAAAGAUAUAUCGACGGCAAGGAUUAAGUGGACUUCUGAGAGGUGUAACAUUCCGAGUAUUUGGACAGAUUCUUUCCUCCCUGACCUAUUUUAGUAUUUAUGAGGGUGUACGAGAACUAACAUCACAGCCAUCUAUUGCUGGAUUUACUGCCUCUUGCACAGCCUCCUUCAUAAUCUGUCCGUUUGAUCUUAUAAACCGCCAUGUCAUUCUGUUAUCAAAGAAGGCCACAAGUCAACAAGAGGUCCAGAUUCUGAAAAGCCUCCAGCCUUUGCGGUUCCCCAAAGAAAUUAGACAUGGAGGAGGGUGGAUUUUGGAGAGUUCAGUUAUUAAAGAUGUGGGAAAUCGACAUGGACUUAAGGGGUUUUGGAGAGCUCUACCAUUGCUGAUGAUGUACAAUGGAGUUCAUAGUGCCUUGUGGUGGUCAUCAUUUGAAUUUGUCUCAGGUAUCCUGGCCAGUAUGUACCCUGAGACAUCUCGGGUGCUGAGGAAUAGUGCCAGUGGAAUAAUAUCAGGAUUUGGAGUUGCUACCGUCACUAAUGGUCUAUCCAUUACUACCACAAGAGCACAGCUGAAGCAGGCCAGUAUUCGAGAAGCUGCCAUGAAUCUCUACAGAGAUGAAGGAUUUCUACGAUUUUUUACCAAGGGGCUGCGCCCCAGAUUGUUGCAAAACAUUAUUUUUUCAUUCCAAGCCACACUAGUGUAUGAUUCUGUAAAACAGUUCUCCUUAAAGGAGGAAUACAAAUCAAAGGUCACAUGGUGACAAUAAAUUUCAGUCAUGAAUACAUGUAUCAAAUACAGAUUACAUUUUGUAUGAUUUUUUUAAAUUUCUAUUUUCACUUUUUUAUUUGUAUUGUUGAGAUUAUUAAAUAUCUAUAUACACCUGCAUCUAUUUAUUGAAUUAACACUGUGUUGUUUGGGGGGAUUAUUUUACUGUAUUCCGACGGAGUUUGUAGAGUUAUGAGAAAAUUUAUUUUAUUUUUCAAUUUGACAACAAUCUUUACCAAAGAUAUGUUUUAAUUCUACUAAUUCUUCUUCUUAUUGUAUAUGUAUAUCUAAAAGAGACCUCAAAAAUUAUUUAGUCAGUACAAAAUUUGGUGCUUUAUUUCAUGACAAGGUUGUACAGAGAGAUUCAAACUCAAAAAAUAAGUCUGUUACAAAAUGAACCUGCCAUUGCAUGCAUUGUGUCAAAUAGUUAUUACUUUUUAUGCCCCCGUAAUCGAAGAUUUGGGGGCAUAUAGUUUUUGCCCUGUUCGUCCGUCUGUCUAGCUGUCUGUCUGUCCACAAAAACUUUAACCUUGUCCAUAACUUUUGAUUGGUUGGAGGUAUGGCUUUCAUAUUUCACAUGUAUAUUCUUUGUGACAAGACCUUUCUUUGGGUACCAUAAUAUUUGACCUUGACUUUGGAGUUUGACCCAGUUUUGCAAAAUAUUACCCAACAAUAACCUUGGCCAUAACUUUUGAAUAGUUGGUGCUAGGGCUUUCAUACUUUACAUAUGUAAUCUUUGUGACAAGACCUUCCUUUGGAUACAAGCAACUUUGACCCUUUGACCUUGGAGUUGGACAUUAUUUUGGAAAACUUUAACCUUGGCCGUAACUUUUGAACAGUUAGUGCUAGGGCUUUCAUACUUCACAUACGUAAUCCUUGUGACAACACCUUCCUUUGGAUACCAAGAAUUUUGACCCUUUGACCUUAACCUUGGAGGUUGACCUACUUUUGGAAAACUUUAACCUUGGCCAUUACUUCUGAACAGUUGAUGCUAGGGCUUUCAUACUUCACAUAUGUAAUCCUUGUAACAAGACCUUACUUUGGAUAUCAACAACUUUGACCUUUUGACCUUGGAGGUUGACCUACUUUGAAAAACUUUGACCUUGGCCAUUACUUUUGAACAGUUGUGCUAGGCCUUUCAUAUUUCACGUGUAUAUUUCUUGUGAGAAGGCCUUUCCUUGGGCACCAUUAAUUUUGACCAUCUGACCUUGACUCACAUUUGAAAAACUUUAACCUUUUCUAUAUCUUUUCAAUGGUUGCUGCUAGGGCUUUCAAAUUUCACAGGUAUGUUCUUCAAGACAAGACCUUACUUUGGGUACCAACAUAUUUGAUUUGCAUUUGAGAAAGUUUAACCUUCGCUGUAAGUUGCCAUAUGGGGGCAUCAGUGUUUCACAAACACAUCUUGUUUAUAUAUACGAGUACCAGUUUUUUUUUUUUUUUUUUGCUGUACUUCAACAUCAGCACAAACUCGAAACAAAAUUUAUGUUUAUUAUCUUUGUUAGGCAUCUAUCUUUUGAUGGUCUAAGAACUUGCAAUCAGAGAUGCAGAAACUUGUGUUGGGUUAUUAUUGUGGGAAAGUAUUUUGUGUUCACAGAUCUGUAAAUGGUUGAAAUUGAAAAGGGAAGACCUGAAUGAGCCGCAGUCAUGCUCACCAUUCAAUAUUGUUUUUUAUCUUAUAGCAAGAUUUGUUUUGACCCAGUUUAAAAGUACGUUUUAAGCUGUGAAUGUCAUUAAUAUUUUAUGAUAGGUAAGAUUCAAGAUUUAAAUUCAAAAGAAACUGUUGCAUAGAGAGGGAAGAUUUUUAGUGGAAAAAAUCUCAGAAAAUAGAAAUAUACUGUGUAUAGAUCUUUUUAACUUUUGCAAUUUUCCCCCCAUAUGUAUUAACUACAGUUGAACUUUGGUAUCUCGAACACUGAUAUCUCGAAUACAAUGGAUAUAGCACAGUGAUUUGGAAGUCCCAAUCCCUUAUUCUUUAAUUAUUUUAGCCUGGAUAUCUUAAAACCUUGGAUAUCUCAAGGUUUUUUCUCAGUCUCAUUGAGUUUGAGAUAACGAGGUUUGACUGUAUAUCCCAAACUCAGAGGAACUGAGAGAAAACUUCAAAAUAUCUGAGGAUUCAAAAUAUUGAGGUUAAUACAUAUAUAUAUAUAUGAAGAAAAAG